AUGAAUAUUUCAUCAAUUACAAUAUUUUUUCUAUCAGGUUUAAAUGACACAAGUCGCAAUUACAGAUCAGCUCUCUUUUUUCUCAGUUUCACAUGUUACUGCAUAACUGUCUUGGUAAAUGUUUCUCUUAUUCUGAUAAUCAUCUUUGAUAAUGCAUUACAUCAACCAAUGUAUAUUCUACUAUGUGCCUUUGGCAUUAAUGCACUUUAUGGAACAGCAGGUUUCUAUCCGAAACUUCUUUGGGAUCUGCUCUCUCCUGUUCAUAUCAUCUGUUAUUCAGGAUGUCUUUUGCAGGCUCAUAUGUUGUACACCUUUGCCUGCAGUGAUCUGUCAAUCCUUGCCCUAAUGGCAUAUGAUCGGUAUUUGGCUAUAUGUCGUCCUUUGGAAUACCACUCUGUCAUGUCAGUACAAAGAGUCAUUAAGAUGGCAUGCUCUCUUUGGUUAACAUCAUUUUUUAUCAUUGCAGUUAACAUUUUUCUUACAUCUAGAUUGAAGCUAUGCAGUCGAUAUAUAAACAGACUGUUCUGUGUAAACUGGAGCAUUGUGUCACUGGCCUGUCAACUUAAUGAAACCUAUAUUAAUGAAAUUGUUGCAAAUAUUACAAUAGUAAUUUAUGUAAAUCAUGGUUUCUUAAUUGUAUGGUCUUACAUGUAUAUCAUCAAAAGAUGUGCCAAUUCUAUAGAAAACAGAGCAAAGUUUGUGCAAACCUGUGUUCCACAUUUAAUCUCUCUGUCUACCUUUCUUGUGACUAUAAUGAUUGAUGUUACUAAUAAUCGAUUUAGAUCCAAAGAUUUACCACAGACUCUGCAAAAUUUUAUUGCAAUGGAAUUUCUUGUCAUUUCUCCUCUAAUGAAUCCACUCAUUUAUGGCUUCAAGUUGAAUAAAGUUAGGAGCAGAAUUGUUGAUCUUAUUACUUUUAAAUGUAAACCAAUUUAAGUACAUAUUUCAGGUGCAGUAAGCCUUAUUGUCAUAAACUGUUAUUAUACUCCUUAAAAAUAUAUGCAUUAUUUAUUGUUUGUAUUGUUUAGAUCAGUUUGCAUACAUAAUAGGUUGCCCAUAGCAAUAUCUUUAGUUUUAUGUUAUUUUCCCUCAUGCACUUUUGAAUGGGCUAUGUGUACUUGUAUGUAUGUAACUUCAGCAGUGUCCUUGUUUAUAUAAAAUGCUUUUAUGUUAUCAGUAAUUGACAUAAAAAGACACAUAGCCAUCUCAUAGCCAACGUGAUACUUUGCUUAAAUGUGAAGAUUGCUGCAGGGAAGAGUCUCUCAGGAGUUAUUUACUGUAGUACGAGAAGAAAGAUGACACCUGCAGCAAAAGUUGUGAUAAACUAUUUAAAGUCAUU